AUGGCUGAUCUUCUAGCUGCAGUUACUGCGACGCCGCAUAGGAUUAAUUACCAGGAAAAUGGCGUGAUCAUUGGUCUAAAUAACGAGCAACUUAUGGAAAUAAAAGAACAGGCCAUUGCAUAUGCAGCAGCUCAUGGAUUGUUAGUCAGCUGGCGUGAUCCAAACAAACCUCAGGAAAUGACACGUGCUUUUAUCCAUAUUCCCUUUUGUUUGCUACCUGUACAGUUUUCUAGAAAGCAAUUUGAAUUCGGUAUCGAGCUAUCGCCAAUUUAUGGUCGUCUUGUGGACCGUGUGAGUCGUGACGUUGAAUGGCUACAUCACUGCGUCCAGAGUGUUGUGGCUGAGGACGCAUUUACAGGACGAUUACUACAACUAUCAAGACAAGUGCAGAAUGAAGGUGUUCAACAGCAGGUUUAUCUCGGCAUUCACCGCUCGGAUUACAUGCUGCACGAGACUCAAGCCGACGUGCCAAGUGUCUCACAGCGGUUGUUACAGGUAGAGCUCAAUACGAUCGCGUCCUCAUUUGCUUGCAUCAGCUCCCUCGUAUCGGGUAUGCACAGUUUCUUGCUCAAUCGUUUUGGAGAUAUUCCAGCAUUGGAAAAGCAUUACGGCAUUGCAUUCAGUGACUAUUCGAAGGGGUUACCGCAAAACGACGCAAUCUUGGAGCUGCCGAAUGCGCUUGCAGCCGCACAUAAACAUUAUGGUGUCAAGAACGCUGUGAUAAUGUUCGUGGUGCAGCCAAACGAGACCAAUGCUAUUGACCAGCGCUGGCUCGAAUACAACCUGUGGGAGCAUCACGGUAUUCGCGUGCUGCGUCGUUCGUUGACUCAGAUGGACGCGUGCGGCAACCUGGUAGAGCGCAAUGGCAAGCGUACGCUCGUUCUCGAUGGAUGUGAAGUCGCUGUCGCAUACUUCCGCUCCGGAUACACGCCAAACGACUACCCCACUGAGCAGGAGUGGGCUGGCCGAACGAUCAUAGAACGGUCGUACGCUAUCAAGUGUCCGUCAAUUGCUUACCACUUAGCUGGCACCAAAAAGGUGCAACAAGUGCUUUCGCAGCCCGCAGUCCUUCGUCGUUUUGUUUCCGAGAACGAAGCUUUGCAACUGGAACGAUCGUUUGCUGGUCUCUAUGGACUCGAAAAACACGCACCAACCGUUGAAGAUGUCAAGAAGAUGGCAAUCAUGAACCCGCAUUCGUAUGUAUUGAAGCCGCAGCGAGAGGGCGGAGGCAACAACUUGUACGGUGACGAUAUCGCUUCGGCAAUUGAAAAGAUGAGUCCUGGCGAACUGGAAUCGUUUAUCUUGAUGGAGCGAAUUUUCCCGAAGGAGAACCCCGCCGUCCUUGUUCGCAAUAAUUUUGCAUCAAGUGGUUAUACCAUUAGCGAGCUCGGUAUGUUCGUUACAUGUUUGUUCGACGGCGAAGGAAAGGAGAUUUUGAACAAGCACGCUGGUCAUCUGUUGCGCACAAAGCUUUCAGGUACUGAUGAGGGUGGUGUGGCUACAGGCUUUUCAGUCGUGAGCAGUCCGCUGCUUAUUUAG